ACACGGCCCAAAAUUCCGGUUCUCUUUGUUUGAUCUCCGAACCUCAUUUAUCCAAAACAUACCUCUUCUUCAGACCGGUUCCUGUAAUGGCGGCACUAUCUCCCCCUCCUCCUCUUCUCCUCCCUCUUCCUCCUCAGCAAAUACCUUUUACUAGAGUCAGCCCUUUCCAACCCACUCAUUUCCCACCCUUUCUAUCUCUACGGCGUCACCAGCACCACAACCGUUCCUCUUAUAUCACCAAUGCGGCCACUUCUUCUUCUUCAGGAGUAGUUGCCACCACCACCACCACCACCGCUUCCGGCUACGCCACGAGCGAAGAACACGACGCCGUCAACAUCGCCGAGGACGUAACCCAGUUGAUUGGGCAAACGCCGUUGGUAUAUCUCAACAAAGUUACAAAGGGCUGCGCGGCAAACGUUGCUGCAAAACUUGAAUCUAUGGAGCCUUGCCGAACUGUCAAGGACAGAAUUGCAUGUAGCAUGAUAUUUGAUGCCGAAGAAAGCGGAGCAAUUUCUCCUGGAAAGAGCAUACUUGUUGAACCGACUACUGGAAAUACAGGGCUUGGUAUAGCUUUUGUUGCAGCAACCAAGGGAUAUGAAGUCAUUGUCACCAUGCCUGCAUCGAUCAAUCUUGAAAGACGGAUCCUUCUACGUGCAUUUGGAGCAAAGAUUUUUUUGACAGACCCAGUGAAAGGUCUUAAAGGUGCUGUUGAUAAAGCUGAACAAAUUGUUUCGAGCAUGCCAAAUGCAUAUAUGUUUAAGCAGUUUGACAACAUGGCUAAUUCAAAGGUCCACUUCGACACCACGGGCCCAGAGAUAUGGGAGGAUACCAUUGGUAGAGUUGACAUCUUUGUCGCAAGCAUAGGAACUGGUGGUACUGUUACAGGAACUGGGCGUUAUUUGAAAAUGAUGAACAAAGAUAUAAAGGUAGUUGGAGUGGAACCUGCCGAGAGGAAUGUAAUAUCUGGAGAAAACACAGGUUACGUGCCAAGUAUUAUGGAUGUUGAUUUGCUUGAUGAAGUUUUGAAGGUUACCAGUGAGGAAGCUGUUGAAAUGGCAAAACGGUUGGCGUUGGAGGAAGGUUUGCUGGUCGGUAUAUCAUCAGGAGCUGCUGCUGUUGCUGCCAUAAGUAUGGCGAAAAGGCCUGAGAAUGCUGGCAAACUCAUUGUUGUUGUAUUUCCAAGCUCCGGAGAGAGGGAUCUUGGCAGUAUAUUUUUCAACCCAAUUGAGGGAGAGGACCAACAAAUGCAACGAAGGUAGCUUUCAACUUUUUCCAGAUUUUCAAGUCCACCAGAUGUCUUGGUCCGUUCCCGCUUUACCAUAGCGAGGAUGGCCAUCAUUUUUGAGUUUGUAGGCUGAGGUUUCAAGCAGUCACGGACUUAAACUUUCCGCGAAUCAGGAUGUAGGUUUUGGUUGGAAUUAGGAAAGUGUAGGAAAGAACGUCACCGAAAUCUCCUCAAAUCAAAAUUCAUCGACAGCCUAAAUAUAAAGGCAUGCGAACUUCGAUAACGUUCUUCUCGGCUCUAGUGAUUUACUUUCACAUGGCACAACGAUGUUCGAUCUGAACAUCUGUUUACCUGUACGAAAAAGGAAAACAUUCGAUUGAAAUUCAUGCUCGCGAUUUUUGAGUGAUUAAA